GGGAAAGCAGAGAGGCAUGGCUGAGGCUCCGGGGUGGGGGCGGAGAGCAGAGAAGGAGCUCUACAGCUUUGGUACAACACAGCGGAAAGUAGGACUGUGGAGUUUGUCUGUGUGUGUGUGUGUUUGUGUGCGCAUGGGGAAAAAAGAAAGGGUGGACCACGGAGGGAUUGAAGUAGGAUGUGGAGCAACGCAGGAUCGGGAUCAUCUGGACAGCAACGGGAAGACAGGGCAGACAAAGUAGAGGAGCACAGAGGACUUGCCUGAACAAGGGGCAAGGGGAAGAUAAUCUGAUAACUGUGGAGGCGUGCUCUCACUCACCAUAGGAGGGUUUGAGCACUGAGUCAAACCAGACAGACAGGAAGGAGGGUGGGAGAGAGAGGAGGAGUGAGGUAUAAAGAAAAUAUAGAAGAGAGCAAGCAAGAGAGGCAAAAGAUUGACACUCUUCAGAGAGAGAGAGAGAGAGAGAGAGAAAGGGACAGAGACAGCCACAGCCAGCUGAGGAGGUUGAGGGAGGAAAUGUGAAAACAGAGGGAGGGUGAGAGAGAGCAGACAGCGGUUGGUUGUGAGCUUGUAGGUGAAUUGGGACGGAAGGUGAGGGAGGGGGGGGCUAGUGGGAGGUCUGCAGGAGGGGAGAGGUAUGAGGGGACAGCUCUUGAAGACACUCGUCUCCCUGAUGAUCACCCUCCUCUUUGUGGGGACCCUGCUGACCACUCUCAUUUGGUACGUGUUCAACGAAAAUAGUGUGCAACCUCAAAAAGUGCCUCCUCAGAAAAAAAGUGCCCCCCAGCCCGCCGACCCUUGUAAAGGCUGCAGGGAAAUCAUCGACAAAGUACUACAGCGUUACUCUCCAACCUGGAAGAGGCGAGAGGACAAUUACCAAAAAUUCAGAUCUCAGCUCAACAGCAAGUGCCAUGGGUUUGACAAGGCCAUUAUCACCCAGGCGAACACUCCAGUGGGGUCCAAGCUCGUGUACGACGGUGAGAAGAGGAGGAGCCUGCAGGUGACCCCGGAGGUUUUCAGCACCUUUACGAAGGAGCGUCCUUUCUCAAAUAAAACAUGGGACACGUGUGCUGUGGUCGGGAACGGAGGGAUCCUGACCAACAGCAGCUGUGGGCAGAUGAUCGACUCAGCUCAGUUUGUCAUCAGAUGCAACCUACCUCCUCUGCAGAACGGCUACGAGAAACAUGUGGGCACCAAGACUGACCUUGUGACAGCAAACCCAAGCAUCCUCGUGGAGAAGUACGGGGCUCUGAUGGGGCGUCGGCGUCCGUUUGUGAAGAGCCUGCGCAGCUACGGAGACUCCCUGCUGCUCAUUCCCGCCUUCUCCUACGGCCACAACACGCCCGUGUCCCUGCGGGCCGCCUACACCAUCGAGGACUUUGAAAGCCCCACACGGCCCAUCUUCUUCAACCCCGAGUACCUCCAGAGUCUGGCCGUCUUCUGGCGCUCCCAGGGCCUGAGGGCAGUGCGGCUCAGCACCGGCAUUAUCAUGGCAAGCCUGGCGCUGGAACUCUGCAGCAACGUGCAUCUGUAUGGGUUCUGGCCUUUCAGUAAUCACCCACAUGGCCUCCACGCCCUGACUAACCACUACUACGACAACAGACAAACUAAAACGAAAUUUCACGCCAUGCCGGCAGAGUUUGACCUCUUGUUGCGGCUGCACAGUCAGGGCGCGCUCAAGCUUCACCUGGGAGACUGUCAACCCGGUGAAAAGUAGUUCCCUGGAUCCGGGAACGACACCGAAGUGCCUUCUCACGACGAAGCCAAUCCCAUUUCAUGCACUUUUAGUUGACUGGAUGGAUCUAUUCUGGCUGAUGACAAGUGCAAGCAAAGUGGGUGAUCGGGACGAUCAGCAGCUGAGAAAUUUGCACUGAAAUCAAAAUGCAACAGAUUGUAAAUGUUCUGCAAACAGCCUCAUCGUGUAUGUACGACUGUAUUUAUUAACACAAACGCUCCAGCUGGAGUCUGGAGGGAAGUAUUUUUAACUGGGAAGCCUUUGUGAGGCCUUUGUGAGCGUCUACAUUGUAGUGCCUUAUGCCAAUCAUCUAGUAGUGACUGUUAUAUAUCUGACCAUGGGAGCGUUAGAUCUACCUGAAUGUAUUUUGAA